CUACAGCUGAGCAUGAGUCAUUCCUGUGGCUGCUGUUGUGUCUUGUUGCUUCUGUCAGGACGGAAGCGUGGCUUCAGGUGUCUAAAGCUGUAAACCAUAGUGGGAGAUGGCUGCAAAUGGAGCAGAAUGUGAACAGCCACAGAAAAGACUAGGACCAAAAGACAAGCAGAAUGGCAGUUCUACAGAUUCAUCUCUUCGAGAGAGAAAGCAGCAGGACAGAGAAGAGCAACUCUCUUUAGUUCUAUGGAAAAGGCCUUUUAUCACACUACAGUAUUUCUUCCUAGAAACCCUCAUUAUACUAAAGGAAUGGACGUGGAAGCUUUGGCGGAGAAGAGGUGUGGUAUUUCUGACCCUUGUCCUUUUUUCCCUUUUCUCAUUGGCUUACUCAAUAGAAGGAGAACAUCAGAUGUAUGUACAUUACCUGGAGAAGAAGUUCUUGUGGUGUGCCUACUGGGUAGGCCUAGGGAUUUUGUCUUCAGUUGGUCUUGGCACUGGACUACACACUUUCCUCUUGUACCUGGGUCCACACAUAGCCUCUGUCACCCUGGCUGCCUAUGAAUGUGGCUCUGUGAAAUUCCCAGAGCCGCCCUAUCCAGCUCAGAUAGUGUGUCCAGAGGAGGAAGUCCUGCAGGAGAGCAUCUCACUGUGGACCAUCAUGUCAAAGGUUCGCCUGGAGGCCUGCAUGUGGGGUGCGGGUACAGCCAUCGGAGAGCUGCCUCCUUACUUCAUGGCGCGGGCGGCACGUCUCUCUGGGGCAGAUCCUGAUGAUGAAGAUUAUGAGGAAUUUGAGGAGAUGCUGGAGCAAGCACAGAGUGCACAGGAUUUUGCAUCAAGAGCAAAACUUGCUGUUCAGAACAUGGUCCAAAAAGUGGGAUUUUUUGGAAUUCUUGCAUGUGCCUCUAUCCCAAAUCCAUUGUUUGACCUGGCUGGAAUCACUUGUGGUCAUUUUCUGAUUCCUUUUUGGACCUUCUUUGGAGCAACUCUCAUUGGAAAGGCCAUUAUUAAGAUGCACAUUCAGAAACUGUUUGUUAUCGUAACAUUCAGCAAGCACAUAGUGGAGCAGAUGGUUUCUCUGAUCGGCGUUAUCCCUGGAGUCGGAGCAUCCCUUCAGAAACCUUUUAGGGAGUACUUGGAGGCCCAGAGAGCAAAGCUUCAUAACCCAGCAGGCGAUGGUGCUGCAGCGGGUGAAAGCUGGCUCUCGUGGGUAUUUGAGAAAGUGGUGCUUGUCAUGGUGUGCUAUUUUAUUCUUUCCAUCAUUAACUCCAUGGCACAGAGCUAUGUCAAGCGUCUCCAGCAGCAGAAGUACUCUGAGGACAAAACAAAAUGACGGACUCGCAGAAAAACAUCUCAUGCUUUGUUUUGGAACCUACUAAAUAUUUAAGCUAAAACUGCUACAUGGGCACUGAUUAAUAUGUCAAUGUCUUUUCAGAUCCUUUAAUUACGUGAAGUUCCUCUUCAUUUGUCUGUGUGCUCGGCUAUUUAAAAUCAGAUUUAACAUUUAGAGAUUUGUGUCUUAAUAGAAACAAAGCAGUCUAGCUAAAAGGCUGUGUGGAGUCAUAUUUGUUGCAAUGCCAUAUGCAACAUUGGAGGUCAUGCUUCCAUUAAAGUAAAUACAGUUCUUAAUCAAUAGAUUGAUUUAUUUAAUUUCUAACGUGCAGGCAUGGAUGGGCAGGGUCAGUUUUGUGAUUGAAAUUUUCAGGGAUAUUUUUUUUUUUUUUCUAUCAUCAAUAUGAUGACAUUAUGUAUUUCUUUAACUGUCAUAAGAGGAUAGCAAUAUCAACUGAGAUCAUUGUGGUUUCUAAGUAGUUUGCACAUCUUGUAAAUAACAUAUGUUUUGAAUAUAUGCACAUAAUGUUUAUUCUACAAAGAUCUUAAACCAAACAUGUCACAGACUUUUAACCCAAGAAAAUGAAUAACUAAUCUUGCAUUUGUUAGUAAUUUUUAAACUUUGACAUUUGAUCUAAAACCGUAAAUUGAUCCAUAUGUUCCUCUUUUUUUUGUUCUUACUUCGGACUGAAAUGUUUGUGUACCGAACUAUAGUUUCUCUAAGAACUAUUGUUGCAUAAUUUGUUUGACAUUAAAUUGAUGAAUACAUCUGCUGUUA